GCUGCAGAUUUCUCGCUCUUUGUGGGCGACUUACCCCCAGAAGUCCACGACCACUUCCUGGAGUCCUUUUUCCGACAAUAUUUUCCUUCAGUCAGAAGCGCAAAGGUCAUGACCGACCCGGUGACGGGCCGCUCCAAGGGCUACGGCUUCGUGCGCUUCGGCUCCGAAGCCGAACGCGACCGUGCCGUUGUGGAAAUGAACGGCGUUUUCAUCUCCUCCCGUCCCGUCCGCGUCUCCGUCGCUACCGCGCGCCGCAUUGACGGAGGACCUCUGGUGCCUGGCGGCGGCAGCCGGGUGCCGGGAUCUGGCCCCGGCGGCGGCGGCGGCGGCGGCGCCCUGGGAGAAGCUGAUCCUAACAACACAACUCUGUUUAUCGGGGGCCUUUCUUCUGGCGUCACUGAAGAUCAGCUGCGUGGGGUGUUUGGGCGGUACGGCGAGAUCAUCUACACCAAGAUCCCGCCUGGCAAGGGCUGCGGGUUCGUACAAUUCAUCGACCGACAGGCUGCAGAAUACGCCAUGCAGGAAGUUAACGGACAGAUUAUUGGUGGCUCCUCUGUGCGAAUAUCUUGGGGAAAGAGC